CCCUAAAAAAUUUUCGAUUAGAGCUUUCUCAAUGUGAGGCCAAUAUAAACCCUGGACGGCUGCCCCUUCUCCAAGCCCCUUCCAUUCUCUUCGUCUCUCCCUCUCCUUCUCCACUUUGGCUGAAGCUUGGAGCCAUGGAGAGGCUUCUUAUCUUGUUGAUAUCAUUGUUAAUGGCGAUGAGAAGCUCUUGGGGCGAUGAUAACAAGCUCUUAAGUCCGUCCAAGCUCGAGAUGUUCGUCGACGAUCUUCCGAUCAUGCCCAAAGUGCAAGGAUUCAGCGUCAGAGAUGAUGGUGCCCUUGUCCCUGGAAACCUCACCAUCGGCAUGUUCCAGAAGCUUUGGAAAUUCCACAGGGAUCUCCCAGCGACACGUGUCUUCGCGUACGGCCUCUCAAAGGAAUCAGCGACGGUGCCGGGCCCCACAAUCGAAGCUCGCCGCGGGGUCCACACAGACAUCACUUGGGAGAACCACCUCCCUUCCCGCCAUAUCCUCCCAUGGGAUCCCACCAUCCCCACCGCCAAACCCUCCUCCGGGGGCGUUCCCACCGUCGUCCACCUCCACGGCGGCGUCCACCCUCCCUUCUCCGACGGCAACUCCAACUCCUGGUUCACCUCCGGCUUCCACUCCACCGGCCCCACCUGGUCUUCUCCGACCUCCUCCUACCCCAAUGUCCAACCCCCCGGCAAUCUCUGGUACCACGACCACGCCAUGGGCCUCACCCGCGUCAACCUCCUCGCCGGCCUUAUCGGUGCUUACAUCCUCCGCGAUCCCUCCCUCGAAUCACCCCUUCCCCUCCCUUCCUCCCCUUUCGAUCUCAACCUCAUCGUCUUCGAUCGCAGCUUCCGAACCGACGGCUCCAUCUACAUGAACUCCACCGGCAACAACCCUUCGAUCCACCCUGAAUGGCAACCCGAGUACUUCGGCGACGCCAUCAUCGUCAACGGCAAGGCCUGGCCUCGUCUCCAUGUCCAGCGCCGCCGCUACCGCUUCCGGAUCCUCAACGCCAGCAACGCUCGCUUCUUCCGCUUCUCCUUCUCCAACGCUCUCCCCUUCUUCCAUAUCGGAUCCGACUCCACCUACCUCCCCAAACCCGUUAAGACCACCGGCUUCCUCCUCGCCCCAUCCGAGAUCGCCGAUGUCAUCGUUGACUUCUCCGACUCGCCGACCGACUCCGCGAUCCUCCUCAACCACGCGAAGUAUCCGUUCCCUUCCGGCGACCCCGUCGAUGAGAUCAACAGCAAAGUGAUGAAAUUCGUGAUCGAACGGCAGAGAUCUCCCGAUCCGUCACGGAUCCCGAGACAUCUCCUCCGCUUCCCCAAACCCUCGAUGCAAAGCGCUGUGAAAACGCGCUACAUCACGAUGUACGAGUACACGACCCCGAGCGAUGAACCGACUCAUCUCUAUCUCAACGGCAAAGCAUACGAAGAGCCGGCGACGGAGACGCCGAAGUCAGGAACGUCCGAGAUCUGGCACGUGAUCAAUCUAACGGAUGACAAUCACCCGCUGCACAUACACCUGGCCCACUUAUCAGUGCUGGAGCAACGCGAGAUUUUGGAGCUGGAGAAGUUCAAGGAUUGCAUGACCAGGUUGAACGACGCGAUCAAAUGCCACGUGGAUGAUCAUGCGGUUGGUAAAAAGGAUAAGGUGGCGAAGCAUGAGAGGGGUUGGAAGAACGUGUUCAAGGCUCAACCCGGGUUCGUGACUACGAUGUUGGUUCGGUUCAAGUUACUUGGACCGGGGAAUACGACGUACCCGUUCGAUGCCACCGCUGAACCGGGUUACGUUUACCACUGUCACAUAUUGGACCAUGAAGACAAUGCCAUGAUGAGACCAUUGAAACUCAAGCCAUAAAGAUCAUCAUCAUCUAUUGUACUGUGAUUGAUAUUUUGGGUUAAUAAUGUGUGUGAGUGUGUUCAAAGUGAAACAUUUAAGCAUUUUAAGUCACAAUGGCCCUGUUGUCUGACUUUCUUUACAUAUAUUUAGAAAAUGAAUAAUGUUAUGGUGUAA